AGCAGCCCUGUGUGUAUGUACGUCGUGAGCACGAUAAGCAUUAUGGGUACAGCAUGGGGGUGAGUUGCAUAAGGUUAUCAAAGUGCGACCGUGACAGUGGAGGCUGUUUCAGCCCCGGUCCGUGGCUCAAAGCGUCGCCUGUAACGCUGCGUCCUCCUCGCCCGUGAUGCAGCGCAUCUCCGGCCUCGCAGCAUGCCGGGAGCUCGGCGGCCUCGCAGCGGCCUCACCCGGGGUCUGCGCCUGGAGGAGAGGCCGGACCUGCAGCAAGGAGCCGGCCGUGCCCCGGCGGUGGGCGGAGGUGUGUGUGCGUCCUGCGCGUCCUUUCUGCGGGGACUCCGGAGCGCACGGCUGGAGGCAGUGCGGGCGGAGGGUCGUGUUCGCCGGUCAGACACACAGACUGUACAGCUCUCAACCGGGGAGCUCCGGCGGUCAGCCCGGUGUCUCUGUGGUCGGCAUCCCGGACCCGAUCACAUGGAUACGGUGCAGAGUCGUCAUGUAUCUCAUCAAACUGUACUUCGAGUUAGACCUGGACUCUGUGGAGUUUCACAGAGGAAUAAAGCAGGCUUUGGUUCACGUCUCCAGCUUGAUGUCCAGCGGCAGAUACCACAGGCUGGUGGGGAUCGUGUCCACGGAGAUGAUAGAAUAUGUUGAGCAGAGGUGCGGGUCUCUCACCGACGCGCAGAGACAGCAGCUAGCUGUGGCGAUGGAUGAUAUCGUAUUCGUGCUGCCGGAAGACGUGACUGUCGUCUUUGAUCAGUACGGUAGGAAGUUCUGCAACGUCGUCAUGAGGUUUUGGCUCCUGACCACAAACGAAGGCCCCGAUGACCCCGAAGGCACCAGGAUCUUCAAAGUGGCCUCUAGUGAAGAUGGCGGCCCACAGAAGAAAAUAGUGACAGCGGUCUAUGAAUUCCACCGGGAGCUGACGAGGGGAGCCUCUCCCGACUGGAAGGUCACGACCGUUUGGCACUGGCACUGGAAACUGGCUGAGUGAUUGAGUCAUCAGGACACAACAAGGGAGCUGCGAUUGGCUGAUUUAACCUAUCCAUAAAAGGCAACAAUUAAACUGGACCGCAGGCAAAGCGAGCAGCGGAUUGAUUGUUGAAUAGAUUGACUGUCUAUUAGGAUCACAUGAAACGGGACCCACAGCUGUAACACUGGAGCUGUACAGACAACUGAAGACCUCAGAGCUUUAUAAGUGAACCCACCUUCCUACUUGAAGUCUUCCUCAGACCUGCAGAUGCCUUUUAAAGCCCCCUCCAGCAAUUUAACAUGCUGUACAACUCCUCUGAAUCACCACCAGGUGUUUUAGUUUAAAUGCAGUGUGAACAGAGUGAUGAGGUUACUUGAAAAAGACUUUUAACCUGUUUUUUUUUGUUGUUGUUGUUUUUUUUGCUAAAAAUAUCUGUUGUGCUGCCAAAUAACUUCACUCCAGGUCCACGUGCUAGCUCUAACCAGAGCUUCCAACCACAUCUCACACUCCGCCUCCAUGAAUGGCGUUUUCUCAGUUGGUUGGUCAUCACAUCACAUGACCUACGGUAAGUACAGCACUUUGAUCGUGUAAAAACAGGAUCCUGUAUAUGGACACUGUGUCACAUGACCAAAGUUCUAUACGUACUGUAAGUCACAUGAUGACAACCAAGAAAUUGUCUGUCCACCAUCAGAUUCAGCUGAAAGAAGCAGAAAGUUGAUCACAAGACCAAUAUGUUGCCUCAAUAAAUUGCUUGAUAAAAGCACCAAACUGUA